AUGUCCAACAACCAGGCCAUCACUGUCUCGUUCAAGUCCAUGGAGUGGACCGAGAAGCCUGUCCAGGCGUUCCAGGACCUGAAGCACAACCACGCCUCUGCCAACAUCACCUUUGGCGGCAAGGACAUGAAGGGCAAGGGUCUGUCGUCAUAUGUUCUGACGUACAACGCCGACGGCGAGGGCUACAAGAACUCGUUCACCUACGACGGCCAGAUCAUCUUUGAAGGCACCAUCUCGGGCAAGUCGGGCGCCAUUGUCAUCCGCGAGCGCGGUGCGGCCAAGAACGGCGUCAUCAACGCCAACUGGGUCUUUGCCCCCGAGACUGGAUCAGGCGAGCUGCAGGACCUCGCUGGUGAGGGCGAGUACACCAUGAAGCUCGGUGGUGGGAACGCCGCCCCUGAAACCCAGGCAAACCUCGUCCUUUCGUGGCCUUGA